AUGAUCAGAGUUUUACAGAGGAAGUUGUUUUCGCUGUCCCACAUAUUUACUUUCCUUUCCAUCUACAAUUCAUCUUCCAAUUUUUUGCUCAGGUAUUCAAAGUUAGAUGCACGUGUUAAUUCAUUGAGUGUGUUGGAGGGCACGCUCAAUGGUUCUUCAAAGGAUUCGUCUGUAGCUCCAUUAUCAUUUAUAACAAGACCAUCGUCAUCACUGUUACUACCGAUUAACGAGCCAUUUCUUCCUGAGAGAACUGGACUUAGUAUGUGCGCCUACUUUUGUUACCAAAAUUAUUACAACUAUUUCUCGGACAUCAAACUGCACAGGUACACCUUAGUUGUUGCUGGAUCCAGCUUAGUUAAUGAAUUUAGUGGAACUUCACAAAGUUUGACUAUUCUUUCUUGGACCUUUGAAAAGUUUAAGAACAGAUCUCUGGCGUGUGAUUUAGUUUAG